CUGCCAGUUGACCAUCAAAAAGGUGUUAAGGCCCGUUAGUCACGAGUGUCUGCCGAUCAGUCCAUCCCGUCUGAUCGGAGCAUUUCCCCUCCAUACCCAGAUUGAAUUGUAUCUCGGAAUAUCGGGAUCGGAUUGGAAGAUGGAUGAAGAGCUUCUGGAAUUGCAGAGACAGUUCGAGUUCGCUCAACAAGCGAAAUCCACCGUCCGCUUAUCGGAGCGGAAUGUUGUCGAAUUAGUUCAUAAGCUCCAGCACCUCCAAAUUCUCGAAUUCGACCUCCUCCACACCGUCUCCGGAAAAGAGUUCAUCACUCCUGAACAUCUCAGGAAUGAAAUAGUUGGACAAAUUAAGGAAUUGGGGCGUGUUUCGUUGAUAGACUUGGCCAGCACUAUAGGAGUGGACUUGUACCACGUCGAGAAACAAUCAGAACAUGUAGUUUCAAAAGACGCAUCACUAAUGUUGAUCAAUGGAGAAAUUAUAUCAAAUUCUUACUGGGACAUUGCUGCUGAAGAAAUUAAUGAAAAACUGCAAGAGUGCAGUCAAAUCACAAUUGCUGAAAUAGCAGCACAAUUGCAAGUUGGCUCGGAACUAGUUGUGUCCAUUAUAGAGCCUCGACUUGGGACUUCGGUGAAAGGUAGACUUGAAGGGGGUCAGUUGUAUACACCAGCAUAUGUUUCACGAGUGAAUGCAAUGGUUCGUGGUGCUGCAAGGGGUGUUUUUGUUCCUAUGAAUUUGACAUCCUUAUGGAGUUCGUUGCAAAUUUUACUACAAGAAGUCGAUGGAGCAGGCGGUGUAGCUGUUGAAAGCUCUUUUUUCCAAUCAUUAUUUAAUGGGCUUGUUAAAGCAGGAGAUAUUCUCGGAACACUUCGUGCUGGUGUUCAUUGGACACCUUCUGUAUUUGCCAUAGCUCAAAAGGAGAGUGUGGAUUCUUUCUUUUCGCAGAAUUCGUUUAUUAGUUAUGAAGCUUUGCAGAAACUUGGAAUACCACAGCCCAUUCAAUUCCUGCAGUCCAGAUAUCCUGAAGGUACACCUUUAGUUACAAUAUUUGCUCACCCAUCAAUGAUUGAAAUGUUGGAUGCUUCUGUAGAGGAUGCCAUGGAACGUGGUAGCUGGAUUGAUUCACUUUCAGUGUUGCCAGCAUCCUUUGGUUCCCAAGAUGCAUCUAAGAUUCUAUCUUUUUGUCCAUCUGUUCAAAAAGCCCACAAGACUAAUAAGGCACUUAUCUUGGGGGAGUCGUAUAUUUUCAGCAGUACCUUUGUUAAGGGUCUAUUUGACAGUAUAGAAAAGGAGCUGGACACCUUAAAUAUUUCUAUGAUAGCUAGGUCUGGUAUAUAUGAUGAAGCACCUGCUAGUAAAGGUACUACCAGUAAUUUGGCAGAGACCAGUGAUAAUGGUGGCAGUAAUAAACAAGCCUUGGAGAAAGGAUCCAAGAAGAAAAAAGGAAAAUCUGCUGGUAAUACUCGGGCAGGUGCUGCUGAAGCUGGCCUUGAUAACAACGAUUAUGCCCCAUCUAAAUCCAAGAAAGACCAUAAGAAAGGCAGGAGUUCAUCUACCUCACAGGAGGCAUCAUCAAAAUUAAAUGCUAAAAAGGAAGAUGAUCCUUCUAACCUUAUUUCAAAAGAAUGGAUUACUCAAAAGAUUGUUUCUCUAAAUCCUGACUUUGUGGAACAAGAUGACCCCGAGACAAUUCUUGAGCCUUUGUCAAGCCAUUUAAGACCUCUGCUCCUUAGUUCUUGGAAGGAAAGAAGGAGGACUGCAUUUACAGAAAAUUCACAGGAAAUUAAAAAAGUACUUGAUAAUUUGCAGCGGAAGCUUGAUGAGUCUUUCUUGAAUAUGCAGCUUUAUGAAAAAGCUCUGGAUUUGUUUGAAGAUGACCAGUCAACCUCAAUUAUUCUACACAAACAUUUAUUGCGAACUACAGGAACUUACAUUGUGGACAUUUUGCUCUUUAACCUGGAUGUACACAAUAAAUUGAAAAGUGGAAUUGAAGUUGAAGAGUCUCAAAAUCCUGAACCUGUUUCACUUAGUCCUGGUGAUAGAAAUGCUCUGGCCAAGAGCCUCAGCGGACCACUCUCGGUCAAGGCUACUACUCUACUUGAAACAUUAGAAGGGAAGCGGGUGGAAGCUUUUAUGACAGCACUGAGAGCCCUGACUGAUGAAAGUGGAUUGAUGCUGAAAAAGCUGGACAAGAAAUUGGAGAGGACUCUUUUGCAUUCAUAUCGUAAGGAUCUGACAUCUCAAGUGUCCACUGAGACUGAUGCAGUUUCCCUUUUACCCAAAGUAGUUUCUCUGCUUUAUGUACAGGUUCAUGGUAAAGCGCUUCAAGCUCCAGGCAGGGCGAUCUCUGCUGCUGUGUCACGCUUAAAGGAUAAGCUGGAUGAUGCUGGUUUCAAGAGCCUAACAGAUUACCAGAGCACAACGUGGAGCCUUUUGGCACUAAUGUCCGCUGCAACUGGCGAUGAAGGAGAUUGUUCAUCAGAUAGGAUUCUGAGCAAAAGAGAACUUCUUGAGGCAUUGAUGCCUGCAUUGAAGGGUUUGGUGUUGGGCUCUCAAUAGUCUUGAUGAUGUGUAUGUAGUACACUUAGUUUUCCCUUGAACGGAAGGAUCUUGUCUUAUAAAUCCUUUUGAGAAAAAUAUCACAUUUUCAAUGUAUGGAUGAACAACUGAAAUUUACCAGAACGUGGUUACUUCUUAAAUAACUAUAUUCUUUUUCUUAGGAAAUUGGGUAUUCGCAUUCCAUUUUUAUUCA